GUUCUUUCAGCUAAAGCGCCAUGGCUUCAUCAGCGGUAGGGAAAGCAUCGCCUUUUCCGGCGAUCCCUCGAAAUUGCUUGCCGCCGGAGCCCGGUUUUUCCAGAAACGGUGGUACGGGAGGGUGGAGACGAAAAGCUGAAUUAGCCAUCCCUGUUUGGAGAGUAAAUGCGAUUUUGAAAUCAAGCUUUCACGAAUACCGCCCAAAAUUUAGUGACAAAAAGUUAAAAGAAGUCGAAUUGCUCAAGAAAAUUCCAGAGCUACAGGAGGAGGCAGCCACCAAGCCCGCUGGAGGAAGACGAGCAAUAUGGGAAAUGAUCAAAGAGGUGAAAGCAAUGCUGAGCUCAAUGGGCGAUGGAGAAAUCACUUCAUCCGCAUAUGACACGGCAUGGGUUGCCAUGGUGCCGGGAACCGGCGGCUCCGGCCCUCGAUUCCCCUCUAGCCUGCAAUGGAUAAUCGACAACCAGCUCGACGACGGAUCUUGGGGCGACCAGGGCCUCUUCUCUGCCCAUGACCGAAUAAUCAGCACGCUCGCCUGUGUUGUCGCUCUCCGCUUCUGGAACCUUUAUCGUGAUCAAUGCCAGAAAGGUUUAUUGUUCUUGAAAGAGAACAUGCGGAGGCUGGCUGAGGAAGAUGAGGAGCUGAUGCCGAUUGGGUUCGAGGUGGCAUUGCCUUCUUUAAUGGAUUUAGCCAAAGGCUUGGGCUUGGAUUGUCCUUACGACGACCCUUCGUUGCAGUAUAUAUGCGCAAAGAGGGAGAUAAAGCUGAAGAGGAUUCCAAGGGAAUUGAUGCAUAAAGUACCAACAACGCUGCUCCAUAGCUUGGAAGGCAUGCCUGGCUUGGAAUGGCAGAGCCUGUUGAAGCUGCAGAGCUCGGAUGGCUCCUUCCUGUUUUCUCCGUCUUCAACAGCUUAUGCUCUCAUGCAGACCGGAGACGAAAACUGUCUUAGAUAUCUCAAGAAAGUUGUAGAUAGAUUUCAUGGAGGAGUGCCGAAUGUUUACCCGGUGGAUCUGUUCGAGCAUUUAUGGGUAGUCGACAGACUUCAAAGACUCGGCAUUUCGCGGUAUUUUGAGGCGGAGAUCAAACAGUGCAUGGAUUACAUCUUCAAACAUUGGAGCGAACAUGGGAUAUGUUGGGCGAGGAGCUCAGAAGUGCGUGAUAUUGAUGACACGGCCAUGGCGUUUCGGCUCUUGCGACUCCAUGGAUACAGCGUUUCUCCUGAUGUGUUCCAGAAUUUCAAAAGUGAUGACAAGUUUUUUGGCUUCAUCGGCCAAUCAACUCAGGCGGUGACUGGAAUGUACAACUUGAACAGGGCAUCUCAGCUAAUCUUUCCCAACGAGGAGAUACUCAAACAAGCAAAAAACUUCUCAUACCAAUUCCUAAAGGAGAAGCGCGCUUCCAAUCAGCUCCUCGACAAGUGGGUCAUUGCCAAAGAUUUGCCAGGCGAGGUAGCCUAUGCUUUGGAUUUUCCUUUCUACGCAAGUUUACCUCGCAUUGAGACAAGGUUGUACAUUGAGCAGUAUGGUGGCGAUGGUGAUGUUUGGAUUGGAAAGACGCUCUACAGGAUGUUGUACGUGAACAAUGUCUUGUAUUUGGAUCUUGCAAAGGCUGAUUUCAACCAAUGUCAGGCCAUCCACCAGCUCGAGUGGCUCCGUUUGCAAAGGUGGUAUGAGGAGUGCGGGCUGACAGAGCAUGGAACGUGGCAGAACUUCGUGUUGAGGGCCUACUUCUUGGCGUCAACAUCUAUAUUUGAGCCGGACCGUUCCGCCGAGCGGCUUGGUUGGGCCGGAACCGCCGUGCUGGCGGAGGCCGUCGCCAAUUCCACCACCACCGAUGCGAUUCAUUCGAAGCUGAUCGGGGAAGUGCUGGUGGGCCACAUUCUAAGGCUGUUUGACAGGCCUAGACCGCUGAAGCUGCCGAUCCAUAUUUUCCGCCGCCAUCUCCGACGGGCUUGGGGGGAGUGGCUGGUGAAAUUGGAGGUGGGGGAGAGCCAACAGCGGUGUUGCUUACUGCAAGGGGGGACGGCAUUGCUGUUAGUUCGGUCGAUUGAGCUUUGUGCGGGUCGGACCGAACCGGAGGACGAACCGGCCCGCUUAGAGUACGCCCGACUCGUCCGGCUCACCAUCUCAAUUUGCGGGCGGCUACAAUCUUGCGCGCGUGUUGGCGAGGCAAGCAGGGUCAGAAUCGAGAGUGAUAGUGAUAUGGAUUCAGAGAUGCAUGAACUGGUAAAAUGUGUACUUGAGCCUCGGGGUCCCAAUGGCCUCAACCUUGAAACCAAGCAAACUUUUCUCGCAGUUGUGAAGAGCAUUUACUACUUGGCUUGGUGUCCUUCCACCAAACUCAACAACCACAUUACAAAGGUGCUUUUUGAGCAAGUGGAAUAGCCUAAUCUUAGCAAGCGGACAAGUCAACAUAAAUCAAAGAAUUUCAUGCAUGUAUAUGGUAUAAGAUUUGCAAUUAUAGCAAUGAGAUUAUUAUGGAGUUUCUUUUAUGCAAGAAAAUGCUAGCUGUAGCGAUUUAGGUUUUGUUUGAGACAGCUUUUGUACUGCUUCCUAAAACGAUUUUUUAGUUUAAAAUUUUUUAAUUCAAGAAAUUUUUGUGCUAGAAAGCUGUUUUAGAAAGCAACAAAAAAUUAUCCCAAACGAAGCCUUAGAGUUUGGUGGAAGGAGUUGGUGAUCUUGACAAAUAGAUAUCCUGCAUUCUAUAUGCAUUUUGGGUUUGAGCUUUGCAGGGCCCUAUAAUUCUCUAGUUUUGAAUGCUGACAUGAUAUGAAACUACUUCUAUGUGUAAGAAAGGGAGUUGAAUCUUCACCCCCACAUUUUUUUCUUCUUUAUUGUAGAUAAUUAAUAAGAGCAAUAAAGCUUGGAAUAAUCAAUUUAUCCUUUA